GUCUGCACCGUAAGGACCUUUUUACAACAUUUUUUUAAAAUUAAAUGUCGAGAAGAGAGGGGGAGCCCCUCAUCCAAUGUCGUUACUAUUGGGGUUCAAUGAAGCACUGCGUGAUUGUGGUUUGAUUGAUUUGGGUAUAAAAGGGUAUCCUUUUAAGUGGGAGCGUGGAAGGGGUUCGACAGAUUGGGUUGAGGAACGGUUAGAUAGAGCAGUGGCUACUGUUGCUUGGUUAGCGCUUUUUCCACGAGCUUGUGUCCUCAACAUUGAUAUGAGGAGCUCAGAUCAUUCAGCUUUUUUACUUAGAGUUACUGGGACUACUUCUGUAUCUCGGAUUAAAAGGUUUCGGUUUGAAAAUGCCUGGUUCCAGGAUGAGGGAUUCAAAGACACAUUGAUACAAAUGUGGUCUGAUGCGGCACCUUUAUCCCUACCUGAGAAACUUGCUUUUUGUGGCAAACGACUUCAAGUGUGGGGUGGAGACUGCUUCCAAAAGUUUGGCAAGAGGAAGAGGGAGCUUUUAGACCGCAUUAGAAAGUUUCGACCUCAACGUACUCCGGCGGGGAUCCGAGCUUUUAAUGAGGCAGAUAAGGAGUUGUCUAAGCUAUUGGACCAAGAAGAUGCAUAUUGGCGACAAAGGGCAAAACAGAACUGGUUGAAGUCGGGUGACACUAAUACUUAUUUUUUCGACCAAUAUGCUUCGUAUAGACGGAGAAAAAACCAGAUUCAUGGAAUUCGUGCAUCUGAUGGACGUUGGGUGAAGGGGGAGAAGAUUAUGUCAGAAGUUGAGCACUAUUUCCGGAACAUCUACGCCUCAACUAAUGGAGUCAUUGCGCCAGUUUUUGAUAGUUUAGAGCGCGGGGUGACAGAUACAUUUAAUUCCAAGUUAGCUCGUCCCUUUGAUGCUUCAGAGGUUCGUAAGGCGCUGUUCAUACAUUAUUUCCAAAGGUUCCGACGUCAGGCAGGCAUGGCACCGGUGGAAGAUAAGUUGCGGGAAGCAAGGUUGAGAUGGUUUGGCCAUGUGAGACGGCAGGAUGAUGACGCCCCUGUACGAAGAUGCGAGAGGAUUACGGUUAUCGGGGGAAGUAGGGGAAGGGGUAGACCUAGGAAAAAUUGGAAGGAUGUGAUUAGGCAGGAUUUAGGACUUCUCGACCUGACUGAGGAUAUGGCUCUAGAUAGGAACCUUUGGAAAACUAGGAUUAGAGUAGCUGGAUAGGAGCUCGGUGUUGCAGAGCCCCCCGAGAGACUCUCUCGAGCUACACUAACUCCGUUAUGCUUAAGGGUGCUUAACAAACCGAUACAACUUGAGAACCCGAGUCACACGAGCCUCAACACCUUUGCUCGGAGAUACCGCACUCCAAGACUUCUCACGAAGGAACAAGAAACUUCCUUCGAGUUUACAACAAGGGAACAAACUCCCUUAAAGUGUAUGAAAACACUUAAACACUCAGGAAUGAAACUCUCACAAAGAG